AUGAAGAACGUGAUCCUCGUAGCAGCCACGCUCACCAGUGCAGUGCUAGCUCAGAAUGUCAGUCGCGGCGCCGCGAUGAUGCGCUUCGCAUGUUCUCAACUCACCGUCGAGCGACUAGACCCCUUGGUUAACCCUGGAGUUGUUGGAAGUCCGCAUACGCACCAAAUUGUCGGAGGAAACAGCUUUCAGGCUGACAUGAAGCCUGUGGAGUACAACCUGGUCGAGAAGAGUACUUGUACUACGUGUACUUUCAGCGAAGACUUCAGCAACUACUGGACUGCAGCGUUGUACUACCGCGCGCCUCAGAACGGCACUUACAAACGUGUCCAGCAGUUCCCUAAUCUUGGGCUGAACCAGAGAGGCGGUAUGACGGUGUAUUACAUCCCUCCAUAUGAUGGCUUCAGCAACGUGACUGCGUUCAAACCCGGUUUUCGUAUGCUGGCCGGAAACCCUAUUCUUCGUAAUGCGACCGGUGAAUCCCGCGGCAUCUGCCAUCGCUGCAUUUACAAGGACUCACAGCCCUUUGGUGGCGCUCCAUGUACAGGAGAAGAUACGACAUUCCUCCCCAACCGCAUGUGCGAAGGUGGUAUUCGUACACAAGUCACUUUCCCUACAUGCUGGGAUGGCGUCAACCUCGACUCGCCGGAUCACCAGAGCCAUGUCGCAUAUGCAGAAAUCCCGGGCAAGUGUCCAAAGGGCUAUCCUGUGCCGCUUCCGCAAAUCAUGUAUGAGGUCAUGUUUGACACGACCCCGUUCAAUACUCCUGAGCUUUGGAACGUGCGAAAGACCGUAAUCAUGCUAACGACUGGCUGUAGGACCGGCCAUGGUAACCACGGCGAUUAUAUGUUUGGUUGGAAGGGCGAUGCGCUGCAGCGAGCGCUGGACGCACGGUGCAGUAACGAUCAAUGUAGCGAGUUGGAGAGGCAGAGUGACGAAGAUGCAAUGAAAUGCAGUAUUCCGCAAACGGUGGCUGAAGACGUUGACGGGUCUGACACUUGGCUAGAAAGCCUACCUGGCGGAGUGCAGAUCAAUGAUGGCAUGUAG